AUGUCCGCGUCUCCAACCCUGACUGGAAAUGAACUGUUCGGCUGUGCAAUCCGUCAGUCAUUCGGGCACAUGCCGACACAGCAACCCGACCAUUCUGGUACAUACGGCAAAGGCAGAGGAUGCGCCAGUGUCACUGUGCCCGUGUCGGCCGUCGCGUCUACCAGAGACGGGGAGGGCGGAAUCUGUGUCCCGGGCAACGAGAGCUUCGCGAUUGGUUGUGGCUAA